UUGAGAGAUAGCAUCGAACACGUAACGCCAUCUAGGAUUGUGGGACCCCCCUAUAACCUAAGUGAACGACGUUUCGAAUCUGUCAGUUUCUAGCAACUUCGGUAUCUAGUUGUUGCGAAAAUGGUUGAUUAUAGCAAGUGGAAAGACAUUGAGAUAUCAGAUGACGAGGAUGAUACCCAUCCUAAUGUGGACACACCAUCCUUGUUCAAAUGGAGACAUGAAGCUAGGAUAGAAAAAAUGAACGAAAUGGAAAAAGAAAAAGCCAAGUUUCUCAAAGAUAAAAAUGAGGUAUUGGCUAAACUAAAAGAGGCAAAAAUUAAAUAUGAACAGGCUCAGAAAGAUGCCACUGAUUUGUCUGAUUUGAAGAAGCAAUUGGAAGAACUUGAGGCGAAAAAGAUUGAGCUAGAAGACCUGGAAGAGCAAAUGAAGAAAAAGGAAAAGCUGAUGCCAUGGAAUGUAGAUACAAUUAGUCAACCUGGAUUUUCAAAAACUGUGGUGAAUGUUGGUCAACCUAAGAAACAAGUAGAGCUCACUGACGAAGAAAAGGAAAUAAAAACCAGGGAAUUUUUCAAAAAACAUGAGAAAAAUCUGAAAGAAUAUGGAAUGCUGCAAAAAUAUGAUGAUAGUAAGCGAUUCCUUCAAGAAAAUCCAGAUCUUGUUUGUGAAGAAACAGCAAACUAUCUCGUAAUUUGGUGUAUUAAUUUGGAAAUGGAAGAGAAAACUAGUUUGAUGGAACAUGUAGCCCAUCAAUGCAUUUGCAUGCAGUUCAUUCUAGAAUUAUCUAGACACCUCAAUCGAGAUCCAAGAUCGUGUGUAUCAUCCUUCUUCUCUAGAAUCCAAAUAGCUGAUGUGGAAUAUCGUAAAGGAUUCGAAGAUGAACUCAAAUCAUUCAAAGAACGCAUACAGAGGCGCGCGAAAGAGAAAAUGGAAGCUGCUGUAGCGGAGGCUGAGGAGGAAGAGAGAAAAAAUCGCCUCGGGCCAGGUGGAUUAGAUCCUGUUGAAGUGUUUGAAAGUUUACCACAGGUCCUUAAAGAAUGUUUUGAGACACAAAACAUUGAACUACUUCAGCAGGCAAUUUCAACUUUGCGAGAAGAAGACGCACGUUAUCAUAUGAAAAGAUGUGUAGAUUCAGGAUUGUGGGUACCAGAUGCAAAUAGUGGGAAAAAAGAAUAGUAUUGCGAUUAUAACGCAAAAUAUUUUAAUGAACACCUUGCUUAAUAAAAUUACAUGAACUAA